CUGAUUUGAACAAUGUAGUGUUUAAUAAAAAAAAGGACGCAUAAGUCUGAAACCAUUUUAUGAAAAUUAAUUUUAGAAUUUUCAUUAUAAUACAGAUAGUCUUCCUACAUCACGGCAUCUUACAACACGAUUUCGCUCUAACAUGAUAAGAUAAAUUGCAAAAAUCUUCAUAUAACGCUAUACGUGGUUUCACACAACACAGCAUUUUCUAGGAACCUAUCUACUGUGUUAUAGGAAGGUUAUCUGUAACACGGUUUCACACAACACAGCAUUUUCUAGGACCCAUUUACCGUGAUAUAGGAGGGUUAUCUGUAAUACGAUUUCACACAACACGGCAUUUUCUAGGAACCUAUCUACCGUGUUAUAGAAGGGUUAUCUGUAACACGGUUUCACACAACACGGUAUUUUCUAAGAACCCAUCUACCGUGUUAUAGGAGGGUUACCUAUACUUCUUUAUUGGAAUUCAGUUAAGUUCACAUUAUUCAGUAUUUUACGCUCCAAGUAUUCCGUUCGUGGACUAAAGAAAAAAAUUAUUUAAAGAAAUUUUUUUGGGUAUGUGUCAAAGGGUGACUUUUUGUUUUUAAAACUAAUUUUUGGACAGUAAGCUUCAGUCCCAAGCCAUGUCUGAUAAAGAUAAAAAAACAACAUUUAAAAGGAAAUUUAUUUCUUUAGAAGUAAAGAUACAAAUCUUAGAUCGUCUUUUAAAAGGUGAAAAAGCAUCUCACGUUGCAAAAGAUCUUAAUUUAAAUGAAGCAACAGUCCGAACUAUUAAGAAAAAUGAAAAAGAAAUAAGAAGUGCAGUUGCUGCAGGAUCUUCGAUAUCCGCAAAAUAUACAGCUCGUCCCCGGGCGCCAAUAAUUGAGAAAAUGGAAAAGGCACUCAGCAUUUGGAUUAAUGAUAGCUGUCAAAAAAGAAUUCCAUUAGACGGUAAUAUCAUUAAACAAACAGCACUUAAAAUUUACAAAUACCUUAAAGAACAUGGAGAAUCUUCUGUCAACCCAGAUUUUGUGGCAAGUAAAGAAGAGCAAGGAUACACAGCACAUCAAGUUUUCAAUGCAAAUGAAACUGGGCUUUGGUGGAAAAAAAUGCCUAAUAGAACCUUUAUAUCAAAAAAAGAAAAAACUGCAUCUGGAUUUAAGGUAUCUGAAGAUCGUAUAACGCUACUUUUGUGCAGUAAUGCGUCAGGGGACUUUAUGACAAAACCCUUGCUAGUGUAUAGAUCUUUAAAUCCUUGUGCACUUAGAGGCAUAAAUAAAAACACCUUACCGGUAUAUUGGAAAACAAAUCCAAGAGCUUGGGUAACUAGAGAUUUAUUUAGAGAUUGGUUUUUGAAUUGUUUUGUGCCAGAGGUUGAAAAUUAUUUAAAGCAGAAAAAUUUGAGCUUCAAGGCGCUAUUACUAUUAAAUGAUGCUCCAAAUCACCCACAAGAUUUAAGUCAUCCCAACGUCAAAAUAGUAUUUCUACCACCUAAGACUACUUCAUUGCUCCAACCAUUGGAUCAAGGUAUUAUUUAUACCUUUAAAACUUAUUAUAUCAGAAAAUCAUUACAGUGGAUUUUAGACAUAACUAAUUCAAAGUCAAUUAAUGUAAUGGAAGCUUGGAAGCAAUUUUCAAUUAAGCACUGCAUUGAAAUCAUAUCUUUAUCAUUGAAAGAACUAAAAAUAUCAAUGUUAAAUGCAUGUUGGAAGAAGAUAUGGCCAGCUUCAGUUGAAAUAAAAAAUGUGCUUGAAUCAUCAGAAAAUGAAAUUAGUGGCAUAUUAGAAUGUGCUAAAUUGAUCGGAGGCGAAGGUUUUAUGGACAUGGCUAUUGAGGAUAUUCAAGAUUUAUUAGUAGAAAAAGAAAUUGACGAAGCGGAAAUGGCAUCGGAAGUUGUAAAUCAAAUCGAUUCUGAGAACAAUAACACUGAUGAAGAUUAUGAAGUUAAUAAUUUAACAUUAAAAAAAUUACAAGAAGGCCUAAGCUUAGCUAAAAAUCUUGAAUCAUUUUUCUUAAAUGCAGACCCUCAUGCUGAAAGAAGCCAAAAAUUCAAAAGGGAGCUGCAAAAUUGUCUAUCUCCAUACCAUGAAAUCUAUAACGACCUUGUAAGAACCAGCAAACAAACUAAAAUUACAGACUAUUUUAAAGAAGGUAGAAGGAGCAAAAAAUUUAAAUCAAGAAAAAGGUUCAGAAAGUGAAGGUGAUAUCGUUCAACCGAAAAAAUGUUCUCAUUUGAUUGUACCUGAGUAGUGAUGAGGAAGAAAUUUAUUAAAUUGAGGUUACAUUAAAUGAAAAUAAUAUUUUUUGUUCCUUUUUGUUUUGUGUUUGUAAGAUAGGAUUUUGUAGGCUAAAUAACAUGAUAAAACGUGGUUGAAUAACACUUUUUUUACUUCGAUGUUACUAGCUCAAAUGCUACAAACUGAGUGCCCUGAGAACACUGUUUAGUCGGAUGGUCCCAUCUUGUCAGCGUUCUACUUUCCCUUCACUAAAAUUAUCUUGCAUGUUAUACAUACAUUUAUAUUUUUAAUAAAAAUUAAGUUGCUUAUAUAGAAUUAAAAAAAAAUUUUGUUUUUAAUAAGUUUUCGGAAUGUAACCUUCCUUUUUGUACUGGCUCUGAGUCUCAUAUAACAGUUUCACACAACACCGCAUUUUCUAGCAACCUGUCUACCGUGUUAUAGGAGGGUUACCUAUACUAUAAAAUGAAAUGUAAUACGCGAGCACUCUAGUGACACUCCCCUUACGAAAAGUAGUAAUAAAAUAAGUAAAACAAGUAGCAAUACUAAAUGCAAUUAUCUGCAAUUGUGGUAGCUAUAGUAAGUUUUAUUUGUCCUGACGUUUGUGAUGCGACACGCGUUUUUCGCAUAAAUGCAGGGUUCUUAAUUUUAAGACUUAUCUAGAAGAAGAGGAUCCAGUGUUAGUGUCAGUAUUAUUGGAAAGAGCAAAGCCUAAUUUUUAAUAUAGAAC